GUUUUCGUAAUUUGAUGCAGCGCCAAUUCAGUUUCUAGGGUUUAUUUAUAUGUGUUCCUCUGUCUGAAUGUCACUUUCUCUCUCUUGGGUUGGACGCGGAUUCAGUCUCGCUUGGACAAUGGCCUUUGUCAAAGCACAGAAGACAAAGGCAUACUUCAAGAGGUUUCAGGUCAAAUUCAAGAGAAGGAGAGCUGGGAAGACCGAUUAUAGGGCUAGGAUUCGCCUAAUUAACCAGGACAAGAACAAGUACAACACUCCUAAAUAUCGAUUUGUUGUGCGAUUUACCAACAAGGAUAUUAUUGCACAAAUUUUAUCUGCUACUAUUGCUGGAGAUGUGGUUUUAGCUGCAGCAUAUGCUCAUGAGUUGCCUCGCUAUGGACUUGAAGUUGGUCUGACAAAUUAUGCUGCAGCUUACUGUACUGGGCUUCUUCUCGCUCGCCGUGUCUUGAAAACACUUGAGAUGGAUGAUGAGUAUCAAGGAAAUCUGGAGGCUACUGGAGAGGAUUACUCAGUUGAACCAGCUGAUAGCCGAAGGCCAUUCCGAGCUUUACUUGAUGUUGGUCUUCUUAGAACAACAACAGGGAAUCGUGUUUUUGGUGCUCUGAAGGGGGCACUAGAUGGUGGGUUAGAUAUUCCUCACAGUGACAAGAGGUUUGCUGGAUUCUCAAAGGACUCUAAACAGCUUGACGCUGAGGUUCACAGGAAGUACAUUUAUGGGGGCCAUGUUGCAUCAUAUAUGACGAAUCUGAUGGAAGAUGAACCAGAGAAGUAUCAAUCACACUUCAGUAAGUAUGUCAAGAAAGGACUUGAGGCAGACAACCUUGAGGAACUGUAUAAGAAAGUCCAUGCCGCCAUCCGUGCAGACCCAACUGCUAAGAAAUCCGAAAAGCAGCCGCCCAAGGAGCAUAAGAGGUACAACUUGAAGAAGCUUACGUAUGAAGAGAGGAAGGCCAAAUUGAUCGAACGAUUAAAUGCUCUUAACGCUGCUGCUGGUGCUGAUGAAGACGAUGAUGAGGAUGACGAGUGAUUGUCUCAGGGGUACGGCACUGCAAAGUUCUUCUCUAUUGAGAUACAUACUGCUUCCUGCACUCCCAGCGACAACUAUUAUUGUUAAUGUUGGGAGUUCCUGUCCCCCCAUUUCACCAUUUUUGUAGUUUGGGUUGCUGAUUUAGUUAGACAAGUGAUUGAAUCUUCAUUUUCAUGGCAAAAUCCAAUUAUAUUAUCAGAUAGCCACAAGGACCUCCCUUGAGGCUUUAGAUUUUAGCAGAUGCGGAAAUGUUUUAUCA